AUGGCGACUGCUCGCCAGCAGCCUGCAUGGCAGCAACCCGCCGUUUCUCCCGACGCAAAACUGCCCUCCCUCAAAAUCUACAAUUCCCUGACCAAGACCAAAGUACCGUUUGUGCCGGUUGAUCCUAAUGGGCGGAAAGUAACCUGGUAUGCUUGCGGACCAACUGUAUACGAUGACUCGCAUCUUGGCCAUGCGAGGAACUAUGUCACGACUGAUAUCAUUCGCCGUAUUCUCCGCGAUUAUUUCAAGUUCGAUGUACACUUUGUCAUGAAUAUUACCGAUGUCGAUGAUAAGAUUAUUCUUCGUGGUCGUCAGCAAUACCUUUUCAAUAAGUUCGUCUCUGCGCAUCCUACGAUCGAUGCAACCGUGCUUGAUACCGCCAAGGCAGCUUACAAGGCCUACCUGACCAAAAAUUUGCGACUGCUGGACCCCGAGCUGCCGCCGUCAAAAUAUCAGGCUGAGGUGGAGAAGGUGUAUGCAACUGUACUGAACGGAGGUCCCCUACCCGGAAACGAGAAGCCCGGUGACGAUGAAGCCAAGACGAAGAUGCACAUCAAGACUCUUGCGUCGGCGGCAAAGGCUAUUGCGGAGGCUGAGAUUGCUCCUCCGGCAUUGAGUGAGACUUUCUAUACAGAUGCGCAGGACGUUUUUCUUCCAUAUCUUGACCAGCUCGAGGGGUCGAAGAUCGAUGCCAGCGAUUACUCCAUCUUCACGAAGCUUACGAGGAAAUACGAAGAGCGUUUCAUGCGCGACCUGCGGGACUUGAACGUUUUGGAUCCCGAUGAACUUACUCGCGUUACUGAAUACGGUCCGCAAAUCGCCCAAUUCGUUGAACGCAUCGUGGAGAAUAAAUUUGCAUACGUGACUUCCGACGGCUCUGUGUACUUCGAUAUCAAGGCGUUCGAGGAUGCUGGUUUUCCAUAUGCUCGCCUCGAACCUUGGAGUAGGUCCGACGGCAAACUCGUCGCAGAAGGAGAAGGAGCUUUGACAAGCAAGACAACCGAGAAACACUCACCGUCUGAUUUUGCAUUGUGGAAGGCAUCCAAACCAGGCGAGCCCAGCUGGUCCAGUCAAUGGGGCAAGGGUCGACCGGGAUGGCAUAUCGAGUGCUCAGCCAUGGCUUCGGACAGGUUAGGCAAGUCAAUUGAUAUUCAUAGUGGUGGAAUUGACCUGGCGUUUCCUCAUCACGAUAAUGAGUUGGCGCAGAGCGAGGCUUAUUGGAACACUCAUACACAUGAUCAGUGGAUUAAUUAUUUCUUGCACAUGGGACAUCUUUCGAUCCAAGGCUCAAAAAUGAGCAAGAGUCUAAAGAACUUCACCACAAUUCGAGAAGCUCUUGAACGAAAGGAUUGGACCUCUCGCAGUCUGCGCAUUGUAUUCCUCCUUGGUAACUGGAACAGCGGUAUCGAAAUUACAGAGGACGUUAUCAACUUUGGUAACUCGUGGGAGGAUAAAUUAAACAACUUUUUCCUCAAGAUGAAGGAUCUCGAUCUUCUGAAAAAGUCGAGUUCCGGAACGGACCAGUCGUUGGGCGAAGCCCUUGAAGCCACCAAGGCCGCAGUAAACGAACACCUUUCUGACUCAUUCAACACUCCAGCAGCCAUGGCCGCCAUUUCUGACCUCGUCACAAAGUUCAACUCUGCGGACAAGGCAACAGUCAACCCUGAGCAUGUUGAGCAGAUGGGUAAAUGGGUAACGAGCAUGGUCAACAUCUUUGGAUUAAAUGGAGCUGCACCACCCGACGCUUCCGAGAUUGGCUGGUCUGGAAUUGAUGUGCCGGAAGAGGCUAAACCAUACUUGUAUCCUCUAUCCGCGUUGCGCGACUCUUUACGUGAAAAGGCGUUAUCCAAGGAGGGUAUUUCUGUUGCAGAUAUUAAGAAUAUCAUCACCAGCCAAGAAGACUCCGAGGCUCCAGUAUCUGAAUCAGCGAAGCCAUAUGCAAAGGUGCUAUCGGACUUUAAAGAUACCGUCUCCGCCCUCGAAAAACCAGACACCAUCGGAAAAGAGAUCUUAGGUCUCUGCGAUCGUCUUCGCGACAUUGACCUUUUCGAUCUCGGCAUUUACCUCGAAGACCGAGAAAAUCUUCCCGCUCUCGUCCGUCCCGUCACAAAGGAGCUUUUACAACUACGCGAAGAAAAAGCAGCCAAGCUCCGUCAAAAACAACUUGAAAAGGAAAAGCGUGAAAAAGAAGCACGCGAAAAGGCCGAAAAGGGCCGUUUGAGUCAUUUGGAUAUGUUCAGGACAAAUGAGUAUAGCGCAUGGGAUGACGAAGGUGUUCCGACCCGCGAUGCUGCAGGGGAGGAAAUUACAAAGAGUCGCGCAAAGAAGUUGAAGAAGGAUUGGGAGAGACAGAAGAAGCUGCAUGAAGCUUGGCUGGUGGCUAAUGGUGCGAAGUAG